AUGCCGCCACCGGCUGGCCACGCCGCAUCGCCCGCUGCCACCACCGGCACCGCCACCGCCGCUGCCACCACCACCACCACCGCCGCGGCCACUCGCCGGCUACAGCGACAUUGGGGAGGGGGAUGCCACCCCGCUGAAGGGGAGGGGGGAGCGAGGCCCAACCGCCGCUACACCCACACCGGCCCGCGGAGGGGCUGCGGGGGGGGGGGGAUGAUUUCGUCUGUCCCGGUGAAGGCCGCCCGCCUCGCGCACGCCCACGCGUGUUCCCGCGGUGCCACGCAAGGACACGCGCGUGCACUGCUGAAGAUGGAGGGCCCUGAGCUGCUCCAGGUCGUGGUGCUGGCAGCCAUGGCCCUGGGGGGGUCCUGGGCCACCCUCCCUGACCACCACACCCUCCCUGACCACCACACCCUCCCUGACCACCGCCUCUCCUCCGAGGCUGGAGCCAUCUUCGUCCACGAGCUGGAGCGGGAGCUCUUCCAGGAGGCCUUCGUCAAUGGCCACGAGGAGGAUGAUGCCCCCCCCAUCACCUUCCAAGCUCACCUCCAGGACCACCCCGACCUGCCCCGCUGGCUGCGCUACGUCCAGCGAGACCCCCUCCAGCCGGGCUACCUCUAUGGCUGCCCCACUGCCAGCGAGCUGGGCACCCAUGGCAUCGAGGUGCUGGCCUACAACCGGCACACCUACCAGACGGCGGCACAGCUCCUCCUCCUCACCGUCAUCCCCGCUCCAGAUGGGGAGCCACCCUACCAGGGGGAGUUCCUGGUGGGGAACCGGAACGUGGAGGAGAUGCUGCCCGAGGAGGUGCAGGAGAUGUUCCUGCAGGCCACAGCUGGAGUCUGGGACCAGGAUGACCUCCGUGUGAUCAACAUCACCUCGGCCCUGGACCGGGGCGGCCGCGUCCCGCUGCCCAUCGAGGGGCGCAAGGAGGGGGUGUACGUGAAGGUAGGCUCCCACGGUGCCUUCUCCCCCUGCCUGGCAUCGGCCACCUCGCCCCAGAGCCGCCUGCGCUGCAGCCUGGGCCAGCAGCCCCUCGCCGACUGCUACGACUCCUUCGCCCCCUCCUUCUCCAUCCAAUGGUGCAACCUCACCCUGCUGCAGCUCCGGCCCGGCCCCACGGCUCCGGGGCCGGUGUGGGGUUCUGGGGUGCUGGAGGACGCUGGCGAUUUCCAGCCCCCCACCGAGGCGACCCCCCGGGACCUGCUGCCUGGCUUCCUGGUGACGCUGCUGGUGCCGCUGCUGGUGGCCCUGCUGCUCUGCCUGCUCCUGGGCUACCUCAUGUGCUGCCGCAGGGAGGGAGUGCAAAAACGGAACCUGGAGACGUCUGACCUCCAGCUGUUCCACCACACCACCAUCCGCGGGGACACCGAGGAGCUGAGGCACAUGGCCGGCAGCAGGGACGUCCCUCGCCCCCUCUCCACCCUCCCCAUGUUCAACGUCCGCACCGGGCAGCGCCUCAACCCCCUGCCCGCUGCCAGGGAGGGUGCCCGGGACGGCGCCCGCGCCCCCCUCCUCCCACCCUGA